UGCAUUUUUAUUCUCGCCCGCUCUUUGCCGCGAAUCAGCACCGAUCCACGGCACUCCUGCACACGAUACGCGUUGCUUUUUUGUGUAAUUACGACACGAACUGAUACUCCAUCAGCGUCUGCCCCUCAAAAGGAGACUGGUUGUCUUUUGUGCGAGAUUUGAAGCGCCUGGGGACGUGUCAUUUCCCAACAAAAAUAACCGAGGUGCCAAUUUUUUUGUUUGCCGUUGCGCGCCACCUACAAAGGAAAGGAGCCACCCGUCACCGCAUAAAAGGCGCGAACGAAGCCCGGGUCUCGUUCAUUACACACUCCGAUCACAGACCAGAUUGGCCACUUCGCGAACAGUGAUCGUCCGCUCUCGGUCUGUCUGACGAGUUGAUCUUUCUCCCGAUUCACUGCUCCCAAGAGAUUUAGGGUUUUUUCUUAACCUCCGAGGCACAGGUAGACGACAGCUCACGGGAAAAAUGACAGGAACAACUGCCACAAAAAUGUGUGUGCUCUUAGCAACAUUUGUGGUGCUUCUUGCCACGCUCACAGAAAUGGCCAACACAAUGGAUUUGCCUUACUCAGAAGACGAAAAUCUUCCCUUCGGCGUGAUGGAAAGACCCGGUGGAUCACAUGGGGCGUGGCAGAGGAGAACAGUUGACAUACUAUUGGAGGCUCUCACGUUGCUAAGAGAGGAAAUGGACAAGCCCAUGGGAGAAGACGCCCAGCAGGUAGUGAAGAAAGGAAACAGCCACUAUCUGUUCUGGAGGACACCGGUGAUUACCAGCAGAUCACUUUCCGAGGAAAGCUCACGCAAACGCAGCAACUAAAGUACCGAGACAGUUCCGAAAGGCCCAAGUACAACGAGAUAAUUUUCUGUGAUUUAAAAAAAAUUCCUUUCCAUACGGCGUCGUCUUGCUCUUGCAUGUGAGCAAAUUUUUUUUUUUUUUUUUUUUUUUGGGUAACCGGGCAGGAUUUGUGUCGACGAGCAAAUUGGUUAGAUAAACGAGAUAGUACCCAGAAGUGACCAAAAUGGGGAAAGAACGUUUCGACAGUCGAUGGCUGAAAACACACCGGUCCGUCUCACUUGUUCGUAGAGCAAUAACGCGCCUGCAAAGAGCCCGUUUGUUUGCUGCCCUCAGGCGUCAUUAAGCUUCCCAAUGCAAGCCAGGAGCUCUUUGGCCCGAUGGUCUUUUGGGGGUUUUUAAGCUAAAGGCCAAACUUUUCUACCUUUGCUCGUCGAAAACAAUAAUUGCUAAGUAUGUCGUUGCAAUUUUCAUACAUUUCACUUCCUGGGCGUAGCUGGAAUACGCUUAGUUAAACAUUCCCGCAUGCAAAUAAACUAAUCUACAAAAAUACAUAUACCGAAAUUGAGAUCUCCUCCUAUUAUUCUAAUUUGUUGAUUUUAUUUAAUACUCGACACCCUUAACAUAUUCUGGCUACACCUGUAGAGUCAAAACGUCUUAUUCUAUAAGGUUAAAAUGUACGAGUUGCGUUUUUGUUUUCCUUUGUACACUUGACAACAGACGAAGGUAAACAAUAAAUUUGAUGGAAUUAAUAUUAGGUGUACUUUGUGAGUUGCCUUUUCCGUGGACAUCCAAACCGAAGCCGUAGUGUUAGGAGCUGAACGUGACUUGAGUUGAAAAAGAGCUUCUGUGCUGCCAGCCCGUGCGGGCAUCUUUCAAAACAAGCGAUUGCAUUUGGAAAACUUGGAAGACAAGCAAAACAUGCUGUUGAGGAUAGGGUCCCCGUGGGUCUCCAUUCCCAAUGCGUAUACAAAUAUACCCUAGAUUGUGUAAUGCGUAUAUUAAGCUGAGAAGGCUUGUACUUGACUGGUACCCAGACGAAUCGUGUUGGAUGGCCCACUAUUAUAGGCAACGUAGUGGUUAGAGUGACCAACACAAAAGACCAACAUGACAAUGAUUGACUUCGUGGGGAGUUUGUAGGAUGUGCUAGACCUAGCCAUAAUAAUAAUGUUUUUAACUCCUUGUCUGAGGUUUAUUAAGAGUUGCUUAUUUUUUGUUGCUAUUCUCCAUCCCCGCAGACUUUCGUUUAGUAUGUUCAGUCGUAGAUUUUACAGUGUUACAGUGGUUAAUAGAACAAAGCGCCCAUGGUCGUGAGAGCGCACCUGGACAGCGAAUUCCCGUUGCUACUAGUCUGUACAUGCUGGAACUCAUGACUUAAUAUGUCAAGUUACCAAAUAAAAACCUGAAACUGUUUAGUACGUUGACGACCGACAGUUAUUUGGUACCACUAAGCCAGGCCUUGCCACUCUAUUAGAUUUGAUGUAUAAAAUCUUACUCCCUUAAAUGCAAGUUUUCUCGCCCAAACAUUAGCGUAGCAGUAAUACUGUUCAAGAUUAUCUGUAACAACAUUUGGGAUUGAAGCAAUUCAGUUUGUAUUAAAAGGAAAAAGAAGCAUAUACUCCAA